AUGCCCGCAGAAAGAGGAUACGGCUGGGCAAGGUUCGACUUUGGUGACCGCAUUGGACCGAAUGAUCGCUAUACGAUUAUGCACAAAUUGGGCUGGGGAAUGCAUUCAAGUACAUGGUUAGCUCGAGACAGCGUGGAGAAUAAUUUUGUCACAAUUAAAGCAUUUACAGGUUACAUCACGAGCCUCAUCCCUACCGGACAAUGUUGGGAGUUAGACGCACUUUAUCUUGUCUCUGCACCACCACAAUCACCUUAUUGCCAGCGUUACAUUACUGAAUUUACCAUUCCCAGGCGCGUUGUGACGGACGGAGAUCAUCUAUGUAUCGUUACACCCGUGUAUAGUGACGACAUCAAGGCAUUGGUUUGCGCAUUAUGCCAGGAGAAACCCAGAGCCUUUUCCCUCCGUCUCGUACAACACAUCAUUCUUCACAUCUUACAUGGACUCACGCACAUGCACAGCUGCAAGGUCAUCCACACCGAUUUGAAGCAUGACAACAUCUUCUUCACGACUGAGAUGGGAACCGAGGACAUUGAACGGUGGAUUGCUGAGGACCCUCCUCGACACCACAACCCCGAAAGGUCGCAGAGCACCAUUAUCUGUACGGCAGUGUCCCAGCCGCUCCCUAUGAUAUCCAUGGAGGAGGCACUACAUGCUACGUACUUACUCGGUGAUUUUAGAACUGCUGUCCAUUCAAAGUUACACCCCAACCACGUUUUAACCAUCCCUCCUCUCCGGCCUCCAGAAGUGUUCCUUGGUGCAGAGUGGGACAAAAGUGCAGACAUCUGGUCAUUUGAGUGUUUGGCCUACGAGCUCAUAAAUGGCCGUGCAUUAUUUCGCUACCAAAUUAACAAGAAAUUCAAUCUCACUGAGACUGAAAACAUGUUGUACCAAAUGAUGUGCUUCACCGGGGAGCCGUUUCGCGUGAAGCAGCUCAACGCCUCUCCACUCACAGCAGAUUACUUUAACGAGGAAUGUAUGCGCGAACUGAAGCUUGAGCCGGAGAUCAUGGACUUAUGCUUUGAGGCGCAAAUGAGAGUGUGGAAAGUCGUGCCCGAAGACCUCAUAGACGACACUGGCACGUUCCUGCGAAGAUGUCUGCAUCUUGAUCCAGACAAGCGGGCAACAGCAGAGGAGUUGUUGAGCGAUUCAUGGCUUGUUGACACAGAAUGA